AUGUUGGAGGAGAUUAGAGGGUACCUCAUGGAUAGAUAUGCAACUAAUAGAGCCAGGACUGAAGAGUAUAGGGAGUAUAUUCUUCCAAAAAUUAAAAAAGUGAUUGAAAGAAGGCAAGACAUCUCUAGGUUUUUUAUACCAAGGUUAUCAAGUGACAUAAUUUAUGAAGUAAGGCAUAGAAGUUUGACUGGUGAAAGUUUUACAAUUUAUCUCAAAAGGUUGGAGUGCUCUUGCAGAAGCUGGAUGCUCAGUGGCAUUCCAUGCUACCAUGCAAUUUCUUGCAUGUAG